UAAUAAUAAUACUGAAACCAGUAUGGAAGUUUUAGGGACGCUGCUUGUCAAAUUCCUCGGACUGAUGUCGUGUUUAUCGAGUCGAGGGCUUUCUGAAUGCACUCCUGUACCGACGCCCCGGAUGAGAGCACGGAGGUGGUGGAUUGGCUGAUGCGGUACGGCUAUCUCCCGCUCCCUGACUCCUCCACUGGUCAGUUGCAGACAUGGGAGGCGGUCACUGAAGCCAUCAGGAGCAUGCAAAGGUUCGCUGGCAUCGAGAUGACCGGAGUUAUGGACCGAGAGACCCUGGUGUUGAUGAACACACCUCGAUGUUCCUUACCCGAUAUCGCCGGGGACGGGGGUCUGAGCGCUCCGGAGGAGGGGACGAGGGGACCCCCAAACUCAGAGGAGGGAUUGCUCAGCCUCCAAAACACACAGAGAAGAAAUAGGAGCAGAAGGAGGAGGCGCGAUGCGGGACAGGGCUGGCCAAAGAGAAAUAUCUCCUGGAGGUGGGAGACUGUGCGCUCCCUCCUCUUCUAUUCUCUCCACUGGUGGCGGGGCCACCGGAACUGGUGGGAGGAAGAGGUCCCCGGAGAGUCUCCGCGACUGGUGUUCCACGAGGUAGGCGGAGCUGGGGAGGCGGAGCUGCAGGUGGACUUCCUGCGUGGUUCCCAUGGAGACGGCUUCGCGUUCGAUGGGCCGGGCGGGGCAGUGGCUCACGCCUUCUUCCCCUCAGAUCCUCAGAGAGCCGGAGCCGUGCACUUUGACCGGGAUGAGAGCUGGACCUUCAGAGCCCCAGAAUCCCACGGGAUGGACCUGUUUGCGGUGGCGGUCCACGAGUUUGGCCACGCCCUCGGGCUCUCUCAUUCGUCGUCGCGCCGGUCAAUCAUGCGGCCGUACUAUCAGGGUCCAGUGGGAGACCCUCUGCAGUACAGACUGAGCGCUGAGGACCAGAGGCACAUACUGCAGCUCUACGGUGCAAGAGAACACUACAGCGAAACACAGGGACCAGCCUCCACCGGUCAACCUGCAUUACCUGAGCAACCCAAAACAGCACCGACCGCCAGGAUUCCCAGCGGCGCGCCAGACCGCUGUACGACCAGCUUCGACGCUGUAGCCGUGAUCCGGGGAGAAACGUUCUUCUUCAAAGGACGUUAUUUUUGGAGGUUGACCCAUUCAGGACAUCUCUCCUCCUUCCAGCCAGCCCAGAUCCACCGGUUCUGGAGCGGGCUGCCGGCCGGACUGGACUCUAUCGACGCAGUCUACGAGCGAGCCAGCGACCACAAGAUCGUCUUCUUCAAGGGUUCCCAGUACUGGCUUUUCAGGGGUCUGGCUCCAGAAGAGGGGUCCCCUCGCCCCGUCUCUGAUUUCGGACUGCCCCCCGGGUCGGUGAUUGAGGGGGCUGUAUCCUCUCCGCUCGACAAGAAGACGUACCUCCUGCAGGGGGCACUGGUGUGGAGGUUCGAUGAGGAGAGCAGGGCGCUGGACCCGGGGUACCCCAUCGGGAGGCAGAGCUGGAGGGCAGCGCCAGAGGAAGGGGGCAUCGAUGACGUCAUGAGCGACCACGAGGGUUCAGUUUAUGUCUUCAAAGGUCUGCAAUACUGGAAAUUCCUGCCUGAUGAAUCCAACCCCCAGCCUGGCUACCCCCAUUCCACUGCAGCCGAUUGGCUAGACUGCCCUGACUCCUCCCCCUCCGCCUCAGACAGCAUCUCAGCAGCUCCCCCUAGAGUGAGACAGGAGUACCGCGAAGGCCCUGACAACGACAGAUGCUCUUGCCUGAAACAGGCAGCAGGGGGCGGUGUGACUCUCUCCCCACACCGGAGAAUGAUCUCUAUGCUCAUUGCAGCCUGGGCUAAACUAAUUCUCUGAACAGUUUUGAAAUAUAACCCAGUUUUUCCCCAGCCCUGGUCCUGAGGACCAACUGUGUUUUCAUUUCAAGUGAGCGCUCAAUUAAUCAAACCUUUAAUUGAACUAAUAAUCUGUUUAAUUAAACCAUUUUUAAUUGGUUCCCAGCGCCUAAAAAUCUGCCCAUUUUCAAGCUACUUAUAAAACUGUGGAGUUAACUUAAAAUCUCCAACUGUUUAAAAGCUGAAACUUUUUAAGCAAAUGAAUCUUUCAGUUAAGGGUUUAGUUCAGUAAUGGAGAGCUUGGUUGGAAUGAAAUACAGCAGACAGGCACGGGGGGGAACCCCAGGACCAGGAUCAGGGACCCCUGCUUUAAGAUGGUAUAAGGUGGAACACAGCUAUGGACACUCGCAGCUCUGGACAAAAGCUUUGCAUCAUCUCGAAUUUUAGGAUUGAUUUUUUUAUUUAAAAAAAACAAACAUAUUUUUACCUUUCAAAGAUAUUUUAUUGUUGUUAUUUUACUUCGAAGGAGCUUCAGGGUGGCAGUGAGCAUCCGAGCGUCAAAUAGAUGCUUUAGCUGAAUAUCUUAAAAAUCCCGUCAUUGUGGGUUUUUUUUUUUUUUUGAAACCCUGGUUCGUUUUUAAAUACCAAACGAAGCAAGAAUAAACGGCAAGGUGUGUAAUCGUUGUGUUCUUUCAAUAAAAGUAUUUUUUUUAACAAAAAAAA